GAGUAGUAUUUUUGUGUAGGGUGCUUUAUCCGAUAAUCUUUGUCCUACCUGAUGUCACACUUGAAGACAUGCAUUAACAAGACAAUCUGCACUUGACGUUGUACUUGCUAGUUUGUGAGACAUUGCGGAAUCGGGGCUAAUUCAUUCUUGAUGCUUUGUUUGUUUCAUAUUUUCAGUCGAUAAUAAUGACGAUGGUGAAUACGGUAGGUGGUAGAAAGUCCACCGGGGUCAUUACUGCCACCACACUCGGACUUGGUCUUGUGGGCACGGUUUACUACUUCCUCAGUCGCAAGUUUGCCAAAAUUUUUGCCUUCCAACGCUCCAUCCGUGUUGAACUCGAAGAUCUUCGGGAAGAGAUUCGUCAAUUGAAAUCUGCACAAAAUUCCAAUCCGGUGGUGAAAGCGCAAAUAGCAACGACAACGGCGACAAAAGUGCUAAAGAGUUCGUUGAAAAAAAAUGUAAAGUUUGCGGGUGGAUAUGACACUGCGGACGAUGAGGAGUAUGUGACAGCUUCAUCUUCAGAAGUUUCAUCCUCUGAGGAUGAUCCGGGUCAAUUUGAAGAUUUGUCAAGUUUGGCGAGACGUGUUCCAGGCUCAGAAAAUCUUUUUAAUGGAAAUGGUGCAUCAAAAUCCCUCAAUGAAAAACACAAAGUUCUGGCUGGCGAGGACGAUGAAUUUUUCGCAAGAGUGGACGCACUUUUUGAGGGUGACACAAAUAGUCAAAAUGAAGCUUACGAGUGUCUUAAAGGUUAUGAACCAAAGAUGUCACAAUCAUCAGAGUUCUGGUGGCGACGGGCGAAAGCCACACACUUUAACGCCAUCACCGCUGGGAAUAAUGGUGACCGUGAGUUAAAGAAGGAGUAUGCAUUUGAUGCCUUUGUAUGUGCCGAAAAAGCUCUUGCUCUAAAUCCUAAUUCCGCAAAUGUUCACAAGUGGUACGCUAUAACGUUGGGCUCCAUAGGAGAGUUUAUUAGCAUUAAUGAAAAAAUUCAAAAUGGAUACAAAUUUAAAGAGCAUAUCGACAAAGCAAUUUUAAUUAGUCCCACUGAUUCUACUCUACAUUAUUUAUUGGGUCGAUUUUGCUAUGAGAUAUCCCAUCUUUCUUGGAUUGAGAGGCAAGUUGCAUCUACCUUAUUUUCCACUCCUCCAUCGUCCUCUUACGAAGAAGCUUUAGAGCAUUUUAAAUCUGCGGAAGAUAUUGGAAACCCAUUCAAGGACAAUCGGUUAUUCAUGGCAAAAUGCUACAUUGGGAUGAGUGACUACAUUAAUGCAGGACGUUACUUAAAUCUGGCCUCAAAUCUACCUGUCCUUACGCCCACGGAUAAAGCAGCACAAGACGAAAUAAAGUCCUUACUGCAAAAAUACAAACGUUAUAUUUAGUUAGUGAUGAUAAGUUCAGAUGUCAGAUGACCAAGACAUGAAUGUGGCUCAAAACCUGUGUUAUAAAAGUCAAGGAAGUUAAGCGGAUAGUCUCUAUAUUUACAGAUCUUUGUUCUGCGUUGAGCUUGUCGGAAAAGGUAUAUUAAUACAUGCACUAAUAUUUUAUUGAGAAAGACUUCAUGUAUUCUAAGACAUAAUUUUUAAUUUUAAGCCUGACAAGCAAAUAUUUUACAUUUCGGAUUAUAAAUACGUUGAAUAAAUUUUAUAAAUACAUUUCCAA